CAGCCAACAACGCGUCCACCAACAGGUGACCAACAAGUGGAGGAAGUCUCCUGUGGCUAUGCUUUUGAGAGUGUGUUAGGGAGUCGCGUGCUGGUCAUAACCUGCUCCAGCUCCACCUCUGAUGUGACCAGGAUCUCCUAUUUUGUCAAUGGAAUCCCCAUCGGAAUUCGAGUGGGAAAUGAAGUGAGGUUGAGUAGCAGCCAACUUCGUCAAGGGGCCAAUACCAUAGAUCUGACAGUCUACACUUCCAGUGGAUCGUCAUCAACCAUCUCACUGCCAGUUGACACAUCCACUUCAUCACCCUCAACAACAAACACACCGCCAACUACCACGAUGACCACCACUCAGCCAACUACCACGAUGACCACCACU